CGUGUCGUGCGUCAUCACGUAACACGUGACGCGGACGUACACGAGCACGUCGUCCCGGAGUCUUUAAAUGCACCUGGACUCGAGCGGCGUCGUUAUUCGUCCCACUGUACCGGGAAGCGGUCACCUGGCGCCUACUUGGUGUUUCUUUUUACUCCUUUGGACCUGAAGUGCCAUGGCGAACAGACACGUGCAGAUCCACGACCCCUUUGCGAAACCCAGCGUCAGCCCGGACCCCGACCCCGAGCCCGGCAGCAUGGAGGACACGGUGGAGUUCAGGGUCCUCAUGGCCUACGCCAAGAGGAGGCGAUCUCAGAAGGGAUCGCCUGCACAGGACGCAGCCGCCUCAAAGGCCGAGGCGCCUUCGGCCCCGACGGAGACGGAGCAGCUGACUGGGAAGAUGAAAAGGAAGAAGAAGAGGAUGCUGCUGCGAUGGAAACGGAACAUUUUUAGCUGCACCAAACCUCAGACUGAAGACAAAGAAGCGAGCCGAGGAUCGAGUCCGCCUGACGACCGAUGUGCUCCGAAAAGAGCUGUAUUUGUUAGAGAAGACGAAGGAGAAGAAGAAGAAGAAGAGUUGAACGAGAUAGCAGAAAGACUGACCAAGAUAGCCGACGAGAUCCCGUUUGUUCGUCCAGAUAUUGAGACGGACGGUAUAUCCGAUGCGAAUGAGAACGUGGAGAAGAUGAUCGGUCUGCUGCUGAGGGAGGCUGGAGACAACCUGAACGAGGCGGAGCUCAAAGACUUGACCAAGCUGUCUUGGGACUACGGUUUUUUUGAGAUGCUGAUGUCGACUUUCCUCACGAGAAUGGGCCUCAAGAGCCCCAACCCCGACUCCCUGGGGCCCAAAGCUUCCCCCGAGACCCAGAUGGCCGUGGCCUGCGAGGUCACCACCCGCCUGUCAGAGUUCCACCCGCUGCCCAUCCGACUGCAGGACCACGGAGCCCGGUACCUGCAGCACUACUAUUCCCCCAGGACCCAGCAGCAUGGAGGAUAUGAAGAUGCCUUCUACAGUGACGAUGAGGACGACAGCCAGUGAGCAGAAAGGAGUUUAACUUUCCUCCAAGACUCUUCUUUUGUAUUUAAAUGAGAUUAUUUUUCAUGAAUAGUUUUUGUUCAGGUUUAUUUUGUGCCAAUUACCUUCAGCCAAAGACACAAGUAUUGUUGUGCAACUUUUUAAUGUGAUUUCAUAAAAAAAUAAUAAUGUGUCUUUUCAGGGAAAUAAGGGGAAACUGGUCAUUUUAAAUCAGUAUUUGCGCUGGAAAAAAUGAAAUAUAUAUUUUUUAUCAUUUGCACUUUUUUACAAAAAUGAAUUUAAAUGUAUACUGUCCGUUGUGUAAAUGAACAUAAACUGUAUUGUUUGUAAUAAAAUCUCAUUUAAUAUCAAGUGAUUCUUA